CGUCAGCGGUUCCAUCUUUACCGUUGGUCUUGUCUUUUCCUUCUUUCUUACUCCCUUCUUUCGGAUUCCUCUGUUGUGCACAUCCUAACCAUAUGUCCUGUCUCAAGGGUCGGGACUCAAUUCGAGAAUCAAAGGUUGCGACAGCGUGCCAUGUCCUAUCCGUGCCGGCGACCUUGUAUGGGUUUCCUCCGAGGAGUUCACACUGGAACAAGAUGUCUCGUGCAAACUCCUCCCCAAGCGGUUUGGACCAUGGACCGUGCUGUGAAAGUGGCCAGGUUGAUGCCUGUGGAAUCUGUGACGGCAAUAGUCUGUGGGUUGAUGUUCAGAUGACCUGUUGUGCAACUGUGCGCGAUGAGAGUGGGGUUUGCUGCCCGAGUGGCUAUCUUGAUGAAUGCCACGUUUGUGAUGGUGAUGGGCUGACAUGUUCAACACUGGCUCUACUCGAGCUUGCUGUAGCUGAGGACAGUCCUUUUGAAAAAGCGCUAAACAAGAAGAGCAGCAUAUCAGCCCUGCAGGAACUAUCUAGGACGGACUUCGAAAUGAUGUUCUCAAACAAGGUCUCUGAUUUGUUGGAAGUAGAAGCAGAGGCCAUACUCAUUAGUGGUGUUGAGCUUGUUCAAAAUAGGAGUGGACCUGUUGGUCAGUCACUUUACAACACACAUAAAUGGAGUGGCCUGGUUGUGGAGUUUAAAGUGUCUUCCUCUGGUGAGGAGCGAAAUCCUUUCGUUGUCCAUCGACGCUCCGCCUUGCAAGUGCUGAAUGCAGCUGUGGCGGAACAUCCUCCUCAUGCUUUGCCUGGGGAACAUGGUCAUAGUUCCUCCUUGAUGGUAAAGAACAAUUCCCACGUCGAUGAGUUUAUCCCCGGAAUGGUCUUGACUGCAGUCAGGGGGAUAAAAAGGCAGGGUGAGUGCGGCAACAAUAUCUGUGAAAUUGGGGAGCGAUGCACGCCAGAGGGAACAAGCGUGAGUGCUACUGAAGAUACCGAAAUUGGAUUCCUCACACAGACAUCUGGCAGGUGUUGCUUCGAGGACUGUCAGUUUGUGCUUCAGCAAUGCCCAGUGCCAAUCAAUGGCCCACGGGCCGGUGUAGCAUGUGCCACGAAUGGGCGAUGUUUGGACACCACGGGUACUUGUGAUUGCUUUGUUGGGCAUACAGGCGAGGAUUGCAGCAAGUGCAGUCCGGGCUGGGCCGCGACAAUAGAUGGCAACUGUGUGCGACAGGUUGACGGCCCCAGGCACAGGCUUCUGAGGACAGUUGCAUCAGAAUCCUCCGUUUCAAGUUCAUCAAAUGAGCAAGGUACGAUUGCUAUGACUGGGAACAUUACCCUGCGGAAAGCCACACAUGAAAUCAGCCAAUCCAUGAACUUGGUUCCUCUGCCCCCAGGGACCUUAGGACGGGAUGUUUGGAUGCCUUCUUCAUUGGGUAACGAGUCCACGCCUGCGCAGACUGAGGCUGAGAGCAAGCAGAUCCAUAAUGUCAUGGAGCAGACAGGUCAGUCAUGGUUGCAGGCAGUCCCAGGACCAGAGGACCAACCGUUGAGCUGGCUACGACCACAACCUGGCAACGUUGUCAUUCAGGAAUCAUUCGACAGGUUCCGAAGAGGGCCUGAGAAGCAAGGUGAGGGCAUCAUGAUGGCUGUCCCGAGGGACACAACUGGGGUCAUGAAGAAUCAGCCACCAUUGCGGCAGGAUCUGCCCGCAUUGUCAGCUUCGUUGACAGCCGAGGAUGCCGUGGCAGCAGAUCGAGAGAGUACAAGUGAGGGGCAGGAGCCUGGCAGCAUAACUGCUGCCUUGGGGAAGGAAACGCAGAUGGUGACUGGACAAGAUCAGCCAAUGGAGAAGGCAUUUCAUGUUGGCUCGAUGAAUGAUCCAGAAGCAGGUUUGGGGGAGGCAACGGAGUUCAAAGAACAUGAGAGGAAGCCAUCUCAUCCCAGGGAGAAGCUUCAUGGGUUUUCAGUGGGGUUGUCUGUUGCAGCUGCAUGCAUUGUGCUUGUGAUAGCUUUGCUUAACCUUGCUAGAAAGACUUUCCAUGGGCGACGUGGAAUGCAGCCCCUCUCAAUGGAGGGUGAGGCUGUGGAGUCUGUUGCAAAUGCAGAAGGAAGGCAAUCCUCGGUCAACCAAGACCUUCAGGGGUCCAGCCUUAAAGGCAUUGUGCUUGAAGGCCAGCAUGAUCCACGGUCACCACCACCGGUUCAAGUUCCAAGCUGGAAGAAUGGUAAAAAGCUAGUUUCACUCGAGAUCCAUGCACCUGACUCCGGGCAGGAUGAAAAUUCCCUGCAAGUUCGUUCAAAUGAUGUAAAUGAUCAGACCCCACUAGCCGUCAGGAUGAAGGACUUCCAUUCUGAGUCCUUCCCAGUUGCGGGGCCUACCUUCCCUGAUGAAACAGACAUCGAAGAACGGCCUCUGGUUCAAGACUAUGGAGCAGCGUUUAUGCCGAGCGUUAGUUCAGGUCGCCAGCCAUUGCGACCAUCUUUCAGGAGUUUGAUUUAGGAAACCCCAAGAGAAGGAUAGCAUAGAUAAAAAUGUAAUUCUUUCUUUUUCUACGGUGGUUGGAGCAAUCAAAUUCCAUGUUAUAUGAACAAAUGCGAGUUCUCCUAUGAUGGAAUCGGUGUCUGGGACAGUCUGGCUAGUGUGUGGAAAAAACACUGAAGGAAUCGCUUAACAUACCAGUCAGUGUCGCUGUUUCACCAAUAUUUGUUCUUUGUACCUUCGUUUUGAUACUUUUCUUAUCCUUUCACCGUUUUCCACUUCAUGGCAAAAGAUGGUAAUCCAGGCUCAUAAUCCUGUUGUUGCAGUAAAAAUAAUUUCAUCUA